AUGGACUACGAACCUAGCUUGCAGCUGCAGCGAUGGCAAUGGACUCCCUAUCUACGAAGCAGCAAGCAAAUAGACGGGCUGAUCCUGUCACUUACGCCUAACUCGCACAGACAACUACCGCUCUGCCUUCCUGUACGGCUACGCGACCCUCGCCACGGACGAGAAAGAAAAGCUGUGGACCAUAAAUUGAUCGAGAACUCUGUUCUUACGGAUCGUUGGGAUCACUCGUGUGUGCUGCCGGACCGUGCUGAGAUGCAGUCGACUGUCAUCCUAGAGGUGAAGAUUGUGGAUAGCAGCGGCAAGAUCUGUAAUGGAAGUGUCUCGGAUGAGCGUAAGGACUCAAGAACCGAGCAGGUCACUUCCAGUGUCUAG